UUCUGUGACACUCCUGUCAUUCUGACGCUGCUCAUUUGCAAGCUGUUCUCCUCAUCUCCGCGGCCAUGCCACCGGGGCCACCUGAUAACCACAUCCAGAUUGAGUUACAGAGGCGCCACAGUGAUGCCGCUGGCCUCAGUGACGGAGUCGACAAGGCUGAGUGACUCGGUGGAAAUAGUUUCCUCCCGGACUCCCUUUUGCCAGCUGCUUCCCCUCCUGCUCACUUUUAUAAUGAAAAAGGAAAUUAUUGCUGCCCCAAAUGAUGGCGGCUCCAGAAAUACAGGUGGAGGCGGAGCCGGAAGCCAGCAUCAGAGGCCCUGAGAUAGUCACCAUGGGAGAAAAUGAUCCUCCAGCAUCCGAAGCCCCCUUCUCCUUCCGAUCACUCUUUGGCUUGGAUGAUUUGAAAAUAAGUCCUGUGGCACCAGAUGCAGACGAAGUAGCUGCUCAGAUCUUGUCCCUGCUGCCCUUGAAGUUUUUUCCGAUCAUCGUCAUCGGGAUCAUUGCCUUGAUACUGGCGCUGGCUAUCGGCCUGGGCAUUCACUUCGACUGCUCCGGGAAGUACAGGUGCCAUUCAUCUUUCAAGUGCAUUGAAAUGACUGCUCGAUGCGACGGGGUCUCUGACUGCAAGGACGGGGAGGAUGAGUUCCGAUGUGUGCGGGUGAGUGGACAAAGAGCAGCGCUGCAGGUGUUCACGGCUGCUGCCUGGAGGACCGUGUGCUCUGAUGACUGGAAAAGCCACUAUGCCAAGGUUGCCUGUGCCCAGCUGGGGUUUCCCAGCUACGUAAGCUCGGACCCCCUCAGAGUGGAUGCGCUGGAGGAGCAGUUCCAGGGCGACUUUGCGUCCAUUAACCACCUCUUGCCAGAUGACAAGGUGACCACGCUGCACCACUCUGUGUACACGAGGGAAGGCUGUGCCUCAGGCCACGUGGUCACCUUGAAGUGCUCGGCCUGUGGCCUGAGAACUGGCUACGGCUUCCGCAUUGUGGGUGGAAACUUAUCCUCGCUUGCCCAGUGGCCAUGGCAGGUCAGCCUCCAGUUCCAGGGGUACCACCUAUGCGGGGGCUCUGUCAUCACCCCUCUGUGGAUCGUCACUGCUGCUCACUGUGUUUAUGACCUGUACCACCCCAAGUCCUGGAGCGUCCAGGUGGGUCUUGUGUCCCUAAUGGACAGUCCUGUGCCCUCCCAUCUGGUGGAGAAAAUCAUCUACCACAGCAAGUACAAGCCAAAGCGGCUAGGCAAUGACAUCGCCCUCAUGAAGCUGGCUGAGCCACUCACCUUUGAUGAGACCAUCCAGCCCGUCUGUCUGCCCAACUCGGAAGAGAACUUUCCUGAUGGGAAACUGUGCUGGACAUCAGGAUGGGGGGCCACGGAGGACGGAGGUGACGCCUCCCCUGUCCUGAACCACGCAGCCGUCCCUUUAAUUUCCAACAAGAUCUGCAACCACAGGGAGGUGUACGGCGGCAUCAUCUCCCCAUCCAUGCUCUGUGCAGGCUAUCUGAAGGGCGGUGUGGACAGCUGCCAGGGAGACAGCGGUGGGCCCCUGGUGUGCCAGGAGAGGAGACUGUGGAAGUUGGUGGGAGCGACAAGCUUUGGAAUUGGCUGCGCCGAGGUGAACAAGCCUGGAGUCUACACCCGCAUCACCUCCUUCCUGGACUGGAUUCACGAGCAGUUGGAGAGAGACCUGAAGACUUGAAGAACGGAGACAAGCCAGCACCUGAGCUCCCGAGGAUGGACACAGCCCAAGCCUUCCCUGGACUCCUGUGUGGGCAUGGUGGGUGCCAGAACCAGCGUUUAGUGCUCUGCCCAUCCCACUGAGACAGAGCCAGCGGGGAGAGCACCACUCCUACCCUUGACACUCAGAGCUUCCUGAUGCUAAUGCCCUGGGGUAUGGGGAUGAAAUGACCUUGGAACUUUCUGUGCUUCAUAACGACAAAAACAUCCCCGCCCACGCACAUAAACGGCACCUUUCCCUGCCAUCCUCCUAGAUUCUCCCCUCAGAGCUGCUGCCAACAAAGGCAACCUCUUAUGCAAAACCACCGACACCUGUUGGUGCAGAGGCCAGGAGCUGCUGGUGUGGAUUGCUACAGAUGUAGUCACCUGUUCGUUCUCUCCCUGGGCUCCAGUUCUCAGCCCAAACCUUUACUUCCAACAGCCCAUUUCAGGAGUCGGGGAACUUAGUUUGUGAGUGACUCAGCCUGAGGCUCUGUUCUACUGUUUCCUCACAAGGUUUGGUGCUUGAUGAAUUGCUUGUCCUUGCUUCUGGGAGGCGCCCUUCUCUCAGUGUGGCUAGUCCUUGCUUCUGGGAGGCGCCCUUCUCUCAGUGUGGCUAGUCCUUGCUUCUGGGAGGCGCCCUUCUCUCAGUGUGGCUUGUCCUUGGGCUUGAGUGAAGGGGUUGUGGCGGCUCUCAGAAACUGAAAUCAUGGGCUCACAUCGAAAGACCACCCUGCACAUGCCAGCAGUGUGUAUUUUCCUGUUAGAACAGGUUUCUCACCACAUUAGAAGUAGCUCGCAUUGCAUCACGGGACUCAUAAGCAGAGUAAGUGACACAGGUCUGGGCAAAGGCAAGACCAGAGGACACUAAAAACAAGUCGAAUAGAAGGUCCCAAGUCACUGAGGGCUGCCUCAUCCCUCCAUGAACUCUGCUAAUGUACUACAGCUGAUGGAAUCUGGGUCCCUCCUUCAUGGCCCACAAUCCUAUGGUCCCCACAUUACCCAGUAAAAGAGAAGGGCUACAUAGGAAGUAGCCAUUGGUCAUCUGAGCUUGUCCCAGAUUAAGUCUUCAGAAUAUGAAUCAGUUGCUUUGUGGCUGCAACAGAAAAUAUGUGUGCCCAUGUAUGCAAGUGUGUGUGUGUGUGUGUGUGUGUGUGUGUGUGUGUGUGUGUGGCUCUGGAGGGCUGACACCACCAAAACAAGCUGCCACACAGCCGUUGUGCUUGGGCUCAACCCUGUCCAGAUCAGAGCCACUACUCAGAUUUCUAUGAUUAGAAUAAAUGUCCCAAGACCCACUGUGGGUGUCCGGAUCUUUGGGUAACUCUGAGCCCUUGUACCGAUGGUUCUUUUCACUGUGCACACAUCCCUGCGGUGUAAUUUAUCUAUCAGUCACAGGAAGAAAUGAGCAAUGAUGACGAAUAAUACAACCCAGCAAUUAUAAAAACA